CACCUAAGACUUUAAGGGAGUUAUUAACAUUCUCAUGAGCAUUUAUUACUAAUAUUAUGACAUAUGUCAUAAUUGCCUCGGAAAUUGUCAGCUGGUAAAUAAGAUUUUUAGGCAACAAUGAAUCUCCUUAUUACUACCUACAGUCAUCAACUUAAACAUUCAAAUCAGUCACAGGAAAAACAAUUCUUCUCAAGCAGUUAUUAGCUCAUUUGAGACAUUCUAAAGAGUCUGUUUAGUAGAUCUGCAUGUCUCAUGAUGUGACAUACACUUCUGGAAUUUACAACAACAAAUUUAUGCAGUUGGCAGUGGAAUUUAUUGAUCUUAAAAUGAUGCAUUGUUUAAUUCUUAAAUAUUUUGUCUUUUAGCUCAAUCUGGAUAUCCUCCUCAAGGCGGAUACCCACCACAAGGCGGAUACCCACCACAAGGCGGAUACCCACCACAAGGCUAUGGACCACCUCAGGGUUACGGUCAACAACAAAACUAUGGAAAUACGGUAGUGGUUACCCAACCAACUAUGACUGUGAUUCAACAGUUCAGAGAAUCACCAGUACAUACAAAAUGUCCACAUUGUCAAGCUGAGAUAGUGACAGCUACUCAUUAUGAGACUGGAACUCUGGCUUGGAUAAUUUGCGUUGUUCUGUGCUUUGUUGGACUUGGAUUUGGAUGUUGUUUGAUACCAUUUUGUGUUGAUGCCUGUAAAGAUGUGAUCCACAGUUGUCCUAACUGUCGUCAAACCAUUUCAAGAUACAGUAGAAUGUAAGGGUGUGUUAGGGAUGCUAUCACUUGAUAAUUUUUCUAUUAAUAUAUUUGGCAUUAAAAAUAAAAACGCUUUUGAAUUUUGUAUAAUGUAUUUAUUUAAAACUUUAUAUAUUCUGAGUAGUGAUGCAUCCCUAAAAAAGUGCAAAAUUUCAAGGCUAAAACCCUCACCAUUUGAUAUAUUCAUAGACUGAAAUUUUUUUCUAAUAUUUGUGAUGUUUCAAAAGGUAAUCAAUUAAAACUGCUGUUUAAGUACGCCUUGAAGUUUUGAUGUAAGAGUUGAUAACUAUGUUUUUUGAAAGCUGACCAAACCAUUUUUUUUAUAAUAUAUAAUAUUUUUUUCUAUUUAUAACAUAUUAUACAUCUAAUAGACCUGAUUUUCAUAUUUCCUUAUAAUUUUAGUUUUAUGCCAAACUCCUUCAAAAAUAAUAUUUUAUUUCUCUCAUCAAGAAUUUUUUAAUUGUUCAUUUGAUAUGAAAAAUGCAAUUUUUUUUUUUGAAAGUUUUGAAUUUUUUUGAUUAUUUUAUGAUUUAAAAAACAUUUUGAUACAAAACUCAAAAUCAAAUAUACUUUUCGAUGCUAAAAAAAAAAAUUAUUUAUCAUUUCAUUAAUGACUUUAUUUAGCAAAGUUUAAUGAUACUUGAAAUAAUGUGCACCUUAUAUAAUGUAUGUUUUGAAAUGGCCUAGAGAAUUUGCAUAGUAUCUUCACUCUGUUAUAAAUGUAAUUGUGCUUAAUUUUGUAACUGUCACAAUACUUGCCUUGACUUAUGAAUUUUGAAACUGAAUCAAUUCCCAAUAUUAGCUUUAUAAAUUCAAAUUGAUCUGUUCAAAAUACAAUUAAGAGAGCAUAUCAAGCAAUAGAUAUGAAUCAGUUUUCCAAAGAGCAAUUAUUAGGAAAAAUUUGAUUUAGUUCAUGUCAAUUGUGAAAUAUAAAAUUUGUGAAUAGACCUAUGCUAAUAUGCCUAAAAAGUAAUUUCACUGUUGGUAACCUCUUAUCUUGUGCAUCCUGGUUAGAGGUACUGGUAAGAUUCCAUGAUUUAUGAGCUUUAAAAGGUUUGAAACUAUCAUGACUUAGUUAAAAUAUUUCAAUGAGCUUGAUGUUAAUGAAUUUCUUUUUUAUUCCUGUAGAUCUGUUUUUAACUGAUCAUAACAUGUCCUGCUGUGAUGUUUUCUCAAUUUUAAAUAUAAAUUUUCUUCACACCAAUUUGGCUGUAUUUAUUCUACUCUCAAUAUCUCACCCAUGUCCAAUUGUUUAUAGCAAUACAGAUAGAGAUAGAAUUCUUUUAAAUUGUAACAAUAGUUUUAAUUGAUUUAAGAUGAGUUAAUUAUAAACUGAAAUUGAUUUGCCAACAAUUGUAAUCAGACAGUUGGUCAUUAGAAAGGAAACCCAAAUUAACAGUUUUAUUUCAGGAUCCUGCUUAUAGACAGAUACUGGUACAAUUAAAGCAAACUAAAUUGGCACAGGUAGAUUAUUUAUUGACUAAUUCCUGUAUUACAUAUUGGAAUUUAAUAAUAGUCUUAUCUAGAUCUGUUUGAGAUAUACCUUGAUGUACCACUAAUCUUACCGAUUGUUUUGUAAAUGGCCACAUCUCUGGUCGAAUACUUUC